GCCCAACAAGGCCUACUCGCACGUCGUCACUCCGUCCAUCUCAUCUCGCCUUCUUCUCCCCCAUCUCUUCCGCGGCCGCCGCGGCGAACCCUAGCCGCCGACUCCCCCACCGUCGCCGCCGCCGGUGAUCUCGCCGCCUCGACCAUCCGCCCGCGAAAUCCGGCAGAGAGGGGGAGGAAAAAUCAUGGAUCCCAAGAAGGAGAAUCCCGGCGGCGGCGGAGGCGGUGGUCCGGCGCCGCCGCGGCCGGACUGCGUGAAGUGCUUCGACGCGCUGUGGUUCUGCUACUCGCCGUACUACCAGCUGCAGAACUACUACCGGCACGGCGAGUUCGACAACUGCUUCGGCAAGUGGGGGGACCUCGUCGACUGUCUCUGGCUCAAGACGAGGCGCGCGGCGGAGGCGGAGGAGAUCCUCGCCGCCAGGGAGAAGGCCCGGCCGCACAUCUGGACCUACCGCACCGUCGACGAGGCCUCCGACAACUGGCUGCGGAUGUACGGCCACCUUGUCGGCCUCGGCGGCGAGGACGGCGGCGGCGGCCUCGUCAGGGUGAUCACGCCGCCCUCCGCCGCCGCCGUCCCGCGGCCUGCGACGUUUCCCGGCCUUGCCGCCGCCGCUACCGCCGCCGUGCCGCGGCCUCCGCCGUUUACCGGCGCUGGCGCUGCGCCGUCGCCGCCGAAGUCCGGUGGUUCGUGAGUGUGUAGAGCGAACAUUUUGUUUGUCACAUAUGCUGCAGCGGAGUGAUGUGAUUUUGGCACUGAAUUUUGUUCAAAUUUCAACGGGAUUUACAAUGAGGAAAAUAAUGGAUUGUAUCGUGAUUAGAAAUCGAAUCGAACAGCAACUGAAGCAAAAAAGCAGUUUUUCCAAUCUUAUGCCCCUGUAUUUUCCAUCAAAUUGGAGGGAAAUUUAACUAUUUGCCACUCUUAUGAUAUGGCAAUUAACGAUUUGCCACACCGUGUCUAUGACAUGUGGGCCCUCAUGUGUCUAUAACAUAUAGGUCUAGUGGCAAAUUGUACGAGUGGCAAAUAGUUAAAAGCCCCCAAAUUGGAAGGUGUAACAUUACAUUAACAUGUGUGCGCUCUUGCUCACUUUUGAAUUUGAGGGGGAUUGCCCUGCUGCUAUAAAUUCGUUUC